AUGAGUGCCCAGCAGUUCUACCAAGGCGGUAACGACAAGCAAGGUCAGCCACAACAGCAGUAUGCUCCUCCAUCAGGCGGCCCGCCUCAGGACUACAACAACCAGCAGCAAUAUGCCCCUCCCCAGGGCCAGCCGAACUACAACAUGAAGGGCUCUCAGCCAUACGCCCAGACCAACCCCGAAACUGGCGGCCAGCCCAACUACCAGAAUGGCGACACUGCGCCCUUUUCCCAGGCGGAGGAAAAGACUGGCCAGAGGCUGAACCCUAGAAAGCGGUUGAACGACCCUAUAUUCUUGGUCUUGUUCUUGGCCGCCAUCGCUGGGUUUGCUGUCGUCUCUGGUAUCGCCAUCAACAGCUUUAUCGAGGUGAAUGGGCUGGGAGGUGGUUUGGGGAGCAGCAGCUCGGGCCAAACAGGUUCAAGCACGACCCUGGAUUACCACACUGUCUACAUUCUUCUCGUCGUUACCGGCUUGGGUCUCUUUAUCGCUGCAGUGUACCUUUUUAUGUUGAGGACGUUUACGAAAAUCAUCCUUGAAGUGACUUUGGCUUUGACUGUGCUGCUCAAUAUUGGUAUCUGCAUCUGUAAGUGCUUGCAGUGUUACUGGUCCGGCGCCAUCAUCUUCCUCGUCAUUGCCCUCCUCUCCAUCUUCUUCUACUGGGGCAUGCGCAAGAGGAUCCCUCUCGCCAAGCUGCUACUCCAAACCACCAUCGACGUCACCAAACACCACCCUUCAGUCUACCUCGUCGUCUUUAUCGGUCUUCUUGUCCAAGCUGCUAUUUCAGUAUGGUACACUUUUACCUGUAUCGCCAUUUACGUCAAGUGGACUCCGGGUAGCGAGGCAUGCUCUACCGACUGUUCCUCCAGCAAAGUCGCCGGCCUCAUCUUCUACUCUACCUUCGCCUACCUCUGGAUGUCCCAAGUCCUCGGCAACGUCAUCCUCGCUACCCUCACCGGCGGUGUCUUUGGAGGAUGGUACUACUACGGUCCUCGAAACCAAUGGGGAGGCGUACCAAAGCAAGCGAGUUUGAAGGCGUUCGUGAGGGCGACGACGUUGUCGUUGGGUAGUAUUGCUUUUGGAAGUUUGUUGGUUACGUUGUUGGAGCUUUUGAGGUUGAUCUUGCAGAUCUUCCAGCAGUACGAGUCUGGGCAGGGUGAUAUGAUCGGCGCGGCUUUGAUCUGUGUUGCUCAAUGUUGUGUCGGGUGUAUCGAGUGGCUCAUUGCCUACUUCAACAAAUGUGAGUCCCUUUAUGGCAAGGCGUAUAUUCCUGCUGCCAAGGACACCUGGAGACUCCUCAAGGACCGCGGAAUCGACGCCCUCGUCAACGACUCUCUCGUCGGCACUGCUCUCAUGUGGGGCGCCUACAUUAACGGAUUCCUCUGCGGCGUCCUUGGCUACUUGUAUCUCAAAUUCACCAACCCGUCCUACAACUCUGACGGUCAGUACUCUGCCCCCGUCAUCCUCUUCUCCUUCCUCAUCGGUCUCACCGAGUCCAACGCCAUCAGCGCCGCCAUCGAUGCGGGUGUAUCGACCAUCUUUGUGGGACUGGGCGAGGACCCGAUGGUGUUGGCGGAGCGAAGCCCGGGAUUGUUUGAGAUGAUCAGGCAGGCUUACCCCCGGGUUCUCCAAGGGGUUCCCGGCAGGUCCUAA